ACCCCACGUCACGUACAUCAACCUGUGCGUGUCAUAGCGCCAGCGUAAGGCUUUCACGCGUACGUACGGCGGACAGAUCAGUGGCUCACUCGGAAUCGCGAUACGAGCGAAGGGGCCGCAGCUGACUCUCAGCCGUUAUUUACCGCGAGGAUGGAGGAGGUGGCCGCUUUCGGAAUCACUUUCUGUAUUGUGCUUCUUAAUCUUCCCAGCCUUUCCGAGGCAAGGGAGUUUUGUUCAGUGGGAGGUUACUGGUGUGACACAGGACACUGCUGUGGCAAUGGAGACUGCUGUACAUAUUACUAUGAACUGUGGUGGUUUUGGUUGGUCUGGUUCCUGAUAGUCUUCAUCAUUGGAUUCUGUGUCUGGCAGCGGAAGAGGUUCCAUCCAUGGAGAGGGAAUUCCAGCCAUCGCACAUGCUCAAUUCAGGACUUUCUCAGGGGUUUCAAUUUUGACAAUAUCACGCCAGUGCCGCCAUGCAAGCUGCCCUCAUACUCAGAGAUCGGGGACACAGUGGGCUACGAUACGCCGCCCCCACCCUACACAUACUACUACAUCCAGGCGGCCACCACAGGCUUUGGCAACACCAACAACGCAGACUGCGACACGUGCGGAAACAGCAGCGGCCUGUCGGCGCUGACGCCAAGGCUGACUGAAGUGGCAAUAGAAACUGCUGGGGUUGAUGGAGGGGAGAGCCGACUGGAGACACCAGAUUCAAGUGAGGCUCCACCAAGCUAUGCGCAAAUCAUGGAGACAUCUCGCGAAAGAGAAAUGCGUGUGCGUGCCGUUGCCGAGGCACUCACACAGACUCUAACACCCUCUCGCACCCCUGCUGCAACCCCUAGUGCCACGCCAGCCGUGUCGACGCCUGUGACCCCAGCAAUAGCAACUCCAAGGCCAACGCCUGCUGCCACUCCCGCUGCCACGCCCAGACCAACGCCUGUUGCCACACCCGCUGUGACGCCAGCCGUAUCGAGAUCACCUAAGUCCUUCUCACCGGCCGGCAGUCCAAAGCGUCUGUCCCCUGCCACCAGCCCUCUGAGGCAGUGCAACGAACACGGGGGAGGCAGCAGGAGUGGCACAGUCACGCCCACACCAGCAACCACCCCCGUAGCCACGCCUUCACAUCUCGCAUCCUCAGGGAACUCAUCGGCCUCUGACAGGGCAGUGACAUCGACCAUUGUGGACUUGCAGAUCAGUGACAAAGGCUCGCUGAACUAUGUCACCAGGUUGACGUGAGGCAAACUCAGUCGUAGGGGAGCAGAUGUCGAUAGCAGACGGUGCGGUUAUUUCCUAACACUGAGAUGCAUGCAAGAUAUUGCCAGUUUGGUGCCUGUUAAUGUGUAUGUGCAGAUGCUUGUAGUCUGUGGCGAUCUUAAAGGUCAGCCGAUUACAAAGCUGCUAGUCCUCCACAGAGGAAUUGUUUUGUUGGUGAUGGUGUUCAUGCUUUUUAACGGAAACAGUUUACCCGCAUAUGUAUCACCGAAAUGUUACCCUUUCUUUUUUGCAAAACGGGAGUCCAUUUAGUAAUCAGAAUAGCAAUGCAAGGUGAGGCAGCUGUACAGUGUAGUUCUAUUUAUUUGUAGAUUUUUCUUCCCAAAGAUAAUAUUUUGUGUUCACAUGUGUCUGUGUUACCGGAACAAAAAGGAUACGGCAUUUUUGUUUACAAAUUUGAGUCUUCAGCAACUAGCGUUAUUGAGUCGAACGUGUGUUUGAGGGUUUUUUUCCCCCAUACGUCUCUAAUUACAAAUGAAUUUUGGUAAUCACCUCUUAACAGUCUUCAAUCCCUUACCCAUUGGUAGGAUUGAGAACUGCUUGGGUCAAAUACAACUCAAUCCGAGUUACUUGUUAAAGCAUGCUUUUGUCAGAGUGGUCAGAAUUAUCUAAUGCAAUUGAUUUUGUCACUUAAUACAUGUACUGCAGGUGUUAUGCUGCUGUGCAGGAAAUGCAAUGUUACAUUGAAUUUGUUAUUACCCAGUUUUGGUGGGGAGUGUGUUGUUUUAUCCACUUUCCAACCUAAACUGAAAUGGGAUGUUUUGGCCAGUGCCUGAGAUUGAUCAGUGCAUUAUGAGUAGGCGUACCAUACGUGUACCUCACAAGCACCUGUUUUGUGUUUUGUUUUCUUCCGCUUCGAGUUAAAAACUUUUUUGUUUUAGAUUUCUCUGUCGUUUUUUGGUUUGUUUUUCCAAGCAAGCACGUUUCCGUACUAAAAAUAAUGCACAUUUACAAAGGUACAUGUAGUUCUUGUAACGGCAGUGUUGACAAAUGAAAAAUGACUUCAAAGUUGUAUUUGUGAUUCGGCUGACUCCGAAAUAUUCUUGAAAUUUCUUCAAGGUUGUAAUAUCUGUUGUGAAGGUGUCUUUAUAGGUCACUAGUCAUCCGUGCAAUGUACGCGACAUUGUUAAAAGCAUAAAAAAGCAUAUUUUCUACUUUUUAUCAUGAUCUUCCUUAUGGGAAAAAUUGUGCCUAACACAGCUUUCACUGUCUUUGCUUUGUGUAAACACUUGUUUCACCCACCUAUGUACUGUACUAUAGUACAAGCAAAUGUGAACAGAAAGAAUAAUAUUGCGUUUUUGCCUGCAUGUGAGUUGUUAAAAAGUGUUUGCAAGGGCUCAUAAUUGGACAGUGAACAAUUCAUCUGCAACACAGACGUAAAGCCAGCUGUCAGGAAUGACACCGGUGUACAUAUUGAAGAAAAUGACCAGAAUGAUUUCAUUUAUUUCGGAAUUUGUCAUAAGAUAGAUUUAGAUUUGAAACAAAACUACAUUUAACACUAAAAUCUCAGAGCUCCUGCAUGACAAACAGUUGCAUAUACAUGUACAGGUAAGCAGUAGAGACUAGUGUAGACUUUCAUAUUACCUUUAAUGUUUGAGAUUCUUUGCAGAGUUUUUAAAGGACAUAUGUAACAUCUGUAGUCUUUCAGUAUGCAGAGUUUAAAGUACAUGUACAUUUACACCUUUUAGUUGUUGAAACAUGUUCCAAUCUUUGUCCCCCAUUUUGCCUCUGCGAUUUGUUACAAGUGUACAGAAAAGUUUGCUUGCUUCUUUUACAUGUAGAUCUGUGUAUUAAGUUUGCAUUCUAAAUGCUUCAGCAAUCCUUCAUUGUUAUUUAUUAGUUUGAUGCAUUCUUUAGAACAGGUGUCUAUUUAUUGGACACGUUUAAGUCCUUGUCAAAUUUAGUGUUGUAACAUUUUCUCACUUUUUUGGCAUUUUGAAAACACCCUCGGAAGUGUUCUAGGAGUAAUUGUUGGUGUCCGCACAUUUGGAUUUGAAGGAAUGAAAUUGGAACACUCCUGUUUAUUAGUUCCAGGUGUUCAGUGUGAGUUUGGUAUGGAUGAAAAUCACUCAUUGGACAUACCAUUAAUGGCGAGGGAAGUUGCUGGCGGAAAAAUUCCUGCCUGCUUAUGCUAUGACCCGCGAACAGUAUCGUGGGCAUUUGUACAAUUGCAUCAGUGGUUUUUUUGGGGUCAUUGGUGCUAUUUUGAUAUUAUGUGUGUUGCACCAACCGGUUGGUCACACACAUCAGGUUUUUUUUUCUCUUUUGCCUCGGUGGUUUUAAGGUGUAGAAGACAACAAUUGUUGUUACAACUUUUUUGACUAUUUUUGACAGUUGUAAAUUGUUUAAAAGGAAAUAUUUUGCCUUUUUUCCCAAACGGGGAGCGUGCAUCACUGUUAACUCUUGAAAUAUUGUCAGCUGCAGUGAACAAGGAGAUUCUUUCCAUGAAUUCUGCAGGAGUCACAAGCUUCAGGUCUUUUGAAUUUUCCAUAAUUCACCUGGUCAGUUUCUUCAAGAUAAAACAGUCGGAAGUGAUGCAUGUUUUUGAAGAAUUGUUUGCUUCACAUUGGAGCUGAGAGUUACAUUUUGAAAAGCUCUGGCAACAGCUGUUGACUUCAACGUGAAAGUCGGCUUUUAUGGUUGAUUGUAUACCCAUCUCUGCUUUAGUGUUACCUCCCUGGUGCGUUUACCAGUUUCAAGGUGCCCUGGCUGUCAGAUCUAAGAAAAGCCUUCAGCCGCACAGGGAAACAGUGUACGUGGAAUUUAUGGCAGCCUAUCUUAUCAAGCCUUCAGAUGUUGUUUAAAUAUUCAGGGUUGAUGUUCAGUUGGUUGCUGAGGUUAAAAAAAAGAGUGUUUAUUUGUGAAGGGUUUUACCUCUUUGAUUUAAUGUUUGAACCCUGACCAAGGGUCAAGAUCACCAUAAAUAUCUAAGAAAGUUGAAUUUCGUCGGACUAAAUCUAGUUUGUAUAUAGUAAUAAAAUACUUUGUAAAUAAAGUAAAGUACAGUAUUCCCCCUGUAUAAUGUCAUGCCAAAGAAGUAUACAUUAAUACAAAGAAAAAAGUA